AUGGCGGAUAUUGUAAACAAAUUCCAAGGAGCAGAACGCUUCACCAAACUGGACCUCAAGGAAGCAUACCACCAGUUUGUUCUAGACGAGCCAUCGCGCAACAUCACCACAUUCUAUGGCCCUGAUGGCCUCUACCGUUACAAGAGGCUCAACUACGGAACCAAGUCUGCCCAGGAUAUCCUCCAGCUGGAGAUGCACAAGAUGCUGUCUGGUGUCCCAAACCAAGUGAACAUAGCGGAUGACAUCUUGAUCGGCGGAUCAGUUGAAGAGCAUGAUACAACCUUGCAGAAGGUCCUGUCAGCUUUAAACAGCAAUGGCAUCACGGUGAACCCAGACAAAUGCAUCUUCGAUGUAGAGGAGGUGUGCUUUGUUGGACUGGUGUUCAACAAGCAGGGCAUCAAGCCGGACCCAAAGAAUGUACGGAAUCUACAAGACGCAAGCCAGCCUACAAGCAAAGCGGAAUUACGAUCUUUUCUCGGAAUGGCAGGGUUUAGUGAACGCUUCAUCCCGAACUUUGCAAGUAUUGUCCACCCUCUACGGCAAAAGCUCAAAGAAAAUGUCUGGGCCUGGGACGGAAAGUGCCAAGAAGCAUUCGUAAAGUUGCAAGCCUCGCUAAGUGAUUUCUCAUUAUUGCACCAUUACGUCAUCGGACAUGACACCGAAGUAGUAGUAGACGCCAGCAAGACGGGGCUAGGAGCAGUUCUUGUCCAGCGGGCAUCAAAGAAUGAGGCCUUCCACCCAGUUAUGUACAAGUCGAGGGCACUGAAAGAAGUGGAAACUAGAUAUUCCUCGACGGAACGAGAAGCACUGGCCGUACGUUGGGCAUGCCGGAAGCUAAGGAAGUACCUGCUUGGUGCACCAAAAUUCCGUAUUGUUACCGACCACCGCCCAUUGACCUACAUGUUCCACAAACGGUGCGGAGAACUACCUCCAAGAGUUGAGAACUUUGUUAUGGACGUGCAAGAGUUCGAGUAUGAAGUUGUUUACCGCCCAGGGAAAACAUGCAUUGCUGACUACAUGUCGCGCCAUCAUGUCGAGAGAGAAGGAUCAAGCCGAGUGUCCGAGAUCGAAGCAGCAGCUGAAAGCGUUGUCGAGGGAUGGUACUGCCACGCCCUGAAUGAACAAAGGGCAGUGACGGUAGAUGACAUUAGAACUGAAGGGGAUAAAUGCGAGUCUUACCAGAAACUGGUUAAAGCAGUUCAAUCAAGAACUAACCAGGAAGAUGAAGAAUUAAAACCUUUUAUGGUUCCAGAAAUCAAACACGACUUGAGCGUGGUCAAUGGUGUGGUGUGUCGGGGAUCACGUGUUGUCAUUCCCGCUGCCCUACAAAGACGGGUUGUGGAAUUGAGUCACCGAGCACACCAAGGAGUCAGCAAAGCAAAACAGUUCUUACGAACAUUCUGCUGGUUCCCCGGGAUGGAUAGGGCUGUCGAAAACCAGGUACGAGGUUGUCUACCUUGCCAAGCUGUCCAACCAGCCAACAAUAACCAGCCAAUCAAACCAUCGGAGUUACCAACCGGACCGUGGCAGUAUGUGGAAAUGGACUUCCAAGGCCCAUAUCCCAAUGGGAAGUACAUAUUCAUCAUGAUCGAUUGCUACAGUCGAUGGCCCGAGAUGGCAUGGUUUCGAAAAGCGCCUAAUGCAAACACCACAAUCGCAGCCAUGCCGAGAAUAUUCACCAACAAAGGUGUUCCAGCAGUGUGUCAGUCGGACAACGGAUCACCGUUCCAAUAA